UUGAGUCUGGCGCCUUAGACCACUCGGCCAUCCUGACGAGUUGUUUAUGUAUUUCAUUGGUUUUUAUUAGUAGAAUAUAAAAUCGAAUUAAAAUAGAAUGUUGUGAAGUGGCUAAGGAACCAUAGGCGCAAGAGAGAAGAAGAAGUUGAGCAAAGAGGAAAAGAUAAUGGGAAUGGAGUUGCUGGCUUUGAAUUCAUCACCACUAUGCAAUGUUACUACAACUACAACUACAACUAGGACUAGGAGGAGAAUUCAUUACAAACCCUACAAUUUCAAUUUCAUGGCUAUCAUCACAUCUGCUUCCAAGGUAUAUGAUUCAGUGUUAGAGAACAAAAAGCAUGUCCUUUUAACCUCUCUUCAAGACACACACAGAGGACUCUUAACAACUCCUCAUCAACGUUCUUCUAUUGAACAAGCACUAGUGAAUGUAGAAGGGACCAACAUCGGUCACCCAAUUGAUUUCAACAAACUCGAUGGAACAUGGCGCCUCCAAUACACUUCUGCUCCUGAUGUUCUCAUUCUAUUCCAAGCUGCUGCUACACUUCCUUUCUUUCAAGUUGGACAAAUAUUUCAGAAAUUUGAAUGCCGUCAUAACUCUACCGGAGGUGUUAUUCGAAAUGUUGUCCGCUGGAGUAUUCCAAAUUUGUUAGAGGAACAAGAAGGUGCUACGUUGCUUGUAUCUGCCAAAUUUACUCUUGUAUCUGCACGCAAUAUUUACCUUCAAUUUCAAGAGAUCACACUUCAAGAUAUAAAUAUUAGUGAACAGGUCCAGGCUCUAAUAUCUCCAGCAUUACUACCGCGCUCUUUUAUAAGUUUGCAGAUCUUGCAAUAUCUACGUACUUUCAAAGCUCAAAUUCCCGUGAGGGAUCCAGGAAGGGAAUCCGUAGGAGGAUUAUAUUAUCUUAGCUAUUUGGAUGAUAAUAUGCUUUUGGGCCGUGCUGUUGGUGGAGGUGGUGUUUUUGUGUUUACAAGAGCCCAAUCACUUUACUGAUGACCAUUCAUCAGUAGUAGUUCAAAACUCGGACCGCUUGACAGAAAUAUUACAGUAACACUCCAUGAGCCAUCGUUACGGAAUUGAACAUAUGGAGAGAAACAAAUAGAACGGAGGCCUAUAGCCUAUUACAAAGGAUUCUCCUCAAUGAAAUCUAUGUGAUAUUAUUUGAUCUUGAUACUCUUUAGGGGAAGGGGAGGGUGUGUUGUAAAUAUGUUCUGUAUCUGUUGAUUUCAUUUUUGUUGUUGUACUUGUAUAUUGAUAUAGUUUAUGUUCAAUGUCACUUUUGAUAUCA